UCGGUUCUUGUUUGACAGCUCAUCCACUGUAUCUGAUAACGGACAUUCCGGUGAUCGAUCUUCCAUUCCUUCUCUUACUCCACCCCGCGAUCGGCCAUCAGCAUUCUUUCCUUAUACCGCCAAAGGCGUCAGUCUCUCGCGAACGAGGAGACGGUUACGGAAAACCCUAAAAUAGCAAAAAGCAAUAUAGCUUGUACAACUAUCGACCUUUCCCGGCCAGCUGCAUAUCUGCCAUUAUAUCUGAGCCCGACCGCCUAGUCUGCACCUCCCAGCACUUAUCGUCAAUUGCGUUCUCGACUACACCUUAAUUUCCCGAAUAUCGUCACCAUGGCUUUGGCUAGAGCGUUCACCAAGCGCAGCAAGCGCCCCGAGGUCUCGGCCCCAAUGCCAUACCGGGAACCACAUAAGCACGCUGGUCCGAUCAAUCGAGACAAGAUUUCGGCUCCCGUGGAGUUGUUGUCGACGACGAACAUGCUGGCUUACAAUGCGCCCGACAUCCACUCGGCAACUUCGUCUUCUACCUCGUCAUUGCAGUCGCCCGACGAUUCGGAAAUGUCUUUCACACAACGCAGUUUUGGGUCGCCUCUGACUACACCCGAUGAGUCGCCCAUCGAGCCAAACCCAUUGCCUUCCUAUUUCCCGAAGCGAUCUGCCACCAUCACGAGCCACCCUCGCUCCUCGACAUCGACCAACUCCUCUACGGAUGCGCCACUGGUUCCCAAACGGGCGCUCUCCCACACCAAGCGGACCCACCAAGAGCUUGCUCGCCAGCGUUCCUUGUCUCGGCUAUCCCCACCUCCGUUGAACUCGUUGCGCAAUGCAUCUGCUGCACGUCAGACACAGGAUAGCUACAAGGCCGAGCCCCAUCCAUUUAGCAAGGAACUCGAGCAAGUGAACGAGGUGGUUGAGGAGUUCGGUGGCACCCGUAUACUCGACGAUGAGGAGCUGAUUCUACGAGAUAAGGGAUUAAUGAAGUUCACCGCAGAUGACUAUCUCGUGGAGAUCGAGGCCCUUUAUGGCAGCGUCUUUGAUGAUUAUCUUGGUCCGAUAGGUACGGGGGCAUGGCUUUGAAUCAUGACCCUGUUCGUUGUUUUACUUUCUCUACCAUCUUUUCUUUACUUUUUUUGACUUCCGAGGGAUCCCGCCUGGAGGGCUCUGGAUAGGAACUGGAUAUUUCCUUCCCUCGCCAGGAUUGACUUGUGCCAUGACCCACUCAUAUUCACUCUUUAAUGUCUUGUGAUCUAAUUAGUCGGUUUCAUCCUUUUUGAAUUAGC